AUGAGCAAAUUAGGCCCCGCUUUGGCCACCGGUAACACAGUUGUGGUCAAACCCGCCGAACAGACACCAUUGACAGCCCUAUACGUUGCGAGUCUAGUAAAAGAGGUGGGUUUUCCGCCCGGAGUGGUAAAUGUAGUGCCAGGUUAUGGCCAUACGGCGGGCGCCGCACUGUCUGAACACAUGGACGUCAAUAAGAUUGCGUUCACGGGUUCGACACAAGUCGGGAAACUCAUACAAAAAGCGGCCGGAAAUUCAAAUAUGAAGCGGAUUUCACUCGAAACGGGCGGUAAAUCACCGCUCAUUAUCUUCGACGACGCGGACAUCGAUGCGGCCGUCGCUACGGCUCACAUGUCAGUAUUUGCCAACAGUGGCCAGAUGUGUGUAGCCGCGUCCCGUCUCUUCGUUCAGGAAAGCAUUUAUGAUAAGUUUGUGGAGAAAUCGGUAGAAAUGGCCAAAAAUAGAGUGCAAUUAUUGGGCGAUCCGUUUGCAGAGAAGACACAACAGGGACCACAAAUAGAUGACAACCAAAUGCAACGAAUCCUCAAAUAUAUAGAUAUCGGUCGUAAAGAAGGGGCAAAACUAUUGGCCGGAGGACACCGAUGGGGGACUGAGGGGGCAUUUGUUGAGCCCACCGUUUUUGCAGACGUGACGGACGACAUGACGAUCGCGAAGGAGGAGAUCUUCGGUCCCGUCCAGUCUAUCCUCAAGUUUAAGACAUUGGAUGAAGUGAUAGAGAGGGCUAACAAUACGACCUAUGGUUUA